AACGACUUUCAACCAUGCUUCACCCCCUAGACCCAUUGACACCGCAAGAGAUUUCGAGCAUUUCGCGGGCUAUCCGCCUAACACUCGUCAAGGAACAAAUAAAGGCGUUCAAAUUCAUCCAAGCGAGUCUAGUGCCUCCUAAGAAAUCACAUGUCCUUGCUUUUCUAUCUAUCAUCCCCCGGAAAUCCUCAAGUCCCGUCAAGGACCUAUUCAUCAACCCAAUAGACGACUCGUCCCAUAAUGUCAUUCUCGCCCUCGAGAAAGACGGCUGGAAGAUAGAGAAAUACAUAAAGCUAGCGAAGGGUGUUCAUCCCCAGAUUACUCCUGAAGAACUCGGCCAGGCUGACGAGGCCGUCAGAAGGAAUCCCCAGAUCGUCAAACUGGCCGCUGAAGUUG